CUUCCAUGCUUUCGGGGCCCCCUCGGGUGGCGGCGGCCUCGUGGGAGGCGAGAGCGGCGCUGCCGUGAUGGCCCUGGAGGAGAAGCGGGAGAAGCGCCCGCCCGUCACCCCCAUGAUGAUCGAGGAGGAGGCCGCCUUGCGGAACGGCAGCCGGGGACUGACGCCGGGACCCUGGGCCGAGGCGGCGGGGCCAAGACCCCGCACCACGGAGCGGCAUAUCGCCGUGCACAAGCGGCUGGUCCUGGGCUUCGCCGUCUCCAUCCUAGCGCUGCUGGCGGUGACCAUGAUCGCCGUGCUGCUCAGCGUCCGCUUCGAGGAGUGCGGCGCCGCCGCCGACGGCCCGCCGCGGGCCAGCGGCAAUGGGAGCCUUUCGGGGGCGGCCCGGCAGCCCCCCGGUGCGGGGCAGCCCCCCGGCCAGCCAGAGGAGGAGGCGCGGGGCGGGGAAGCGGCGGAGGAAGAGGAGGAGGAGGAGGAGUGGCAGCGGCGGCAGGAGUUGCCGCCUUGGGCCCGGCCGCGGCUGCCGCGGCACCUGCGGCCGCUGCACUACAACCUGAUGCUGAGCGCCUUCAUGGAGAACUUCACCUUCAGCGGGGAGGUGAACGUGCAGCUAGAGGUGCGCAACGCCAGCCGGUACAUCGUGCUGCAUGCCCACCGCAUGCACAUCGAAGCAGUCCGCGUGGCCGAGGACAAGCUGGCCGGCGGCGUGCGGGUGGCCCGCACCUUCUUUUACCCCCAGACACAGGUGUUCGUCGUGGUCCUCAACCGCAGCCUAGAGGUGCAAAGAAGUUACAACCUCAAGAUAAUCUACAACGCCCUCAUCGAGAACGAACUGCUGGGCUUCUUCCGCAGCUCCUACGUUCUCCACGGCGAGCGAAGGUUUCUUGCUGUUACGCAGUUUUCUCCUACUCACGCCAGAAAAGCCUUUCCUUGCUUUGAUGAGCCCAUCUACAAGGCCACUUUCAAAAUCAGUAUCAGACAUCAAGCAACUUACUUGUCUUUGUCCAACAUGCCAGUUGAAACUUCUGUUUUUGAAGAAGAUGGAUGGGUUACAGAUCACUUUUCACAGACCCCUCUUAUGUCCACGUAUUACCUAGCUUGGGCAGUGUGCAAUUUUACAUACCGGGAAACCAUCACCAAGAGUGGAGUAGUUGUACGGUUAUAUGCAAGGCCUGAUGCAAUCAGAAGAGGAUCGGGGGACUAUGCUCUGAAUAUUACAAGGAGUCUCAUUGAGUUUUAUGAAGAUUAUUUUAAAGUGCCCUAUUCCCUGCCAAAAUUAGAUCUGUUAGCUGUGCCUAAGCAUCCAUAUGCUGCUAUGGAGAACUGGGGACUGAGUGUUUUUGUGGAGCAAAGGAUACUGCUAGAUCCAAGCAUUUCUUCUAUAUUAUACCUACUGGAUGUCACCAUGGUCAUUGUACAUGAGCUAUGUCAUCAGUGGUUUGGUGACCUUGUGACUCCAGUUUGGUGGGAGGAUGUGUGGUUGAAAGAAGGUUUUGCUCACUAUUUUGAAUUUGUUGGGACAGACUACCUCUACCCAGGGUGGAACAUGGAAAAGCAGAGAUUUCUGACAGAUGUCCUACAUGAAGUGAUGUUGCUGGAUGGGUUGGCCAGUUCACAUCCAGUAUCCCAGGAGGUGCAGCAAGCCACAGACAUUGACAGGGUGUUCGACUGGAUUGCCUAUAAAAAGGGUGCAGCUCUAAUUAGAAUGUUGGCUAACUUUAUGGGUCACUCUGUGUUUCAAAUGGGCUUACAAGACUAUUUAACCAUUCACAAGUAUGGCAAUGCAGCCAGAAAUGAUCUCUGGAACACAUUGUCAAAGGCUUUGAAAAGGGUUGGAAAAUCGGUAAAUAUCCAAGAAGUAAUGGAUCAAUGGACACUACAGAUGGGUUAUCCUGUUAUCACUAUCUUGGGAAAUGAAACUACAGACAACAUCAUAGUCAUCUCCCAAGAGCGUUUUGUUUAUGAUAGUGAUGCUAAACCCAAGGAUCCUUCUCGUGGAGACAACAGCUACUUGUGGCAGAUUCCAUUAACAAUUGCAGUAGGAAAUACGAGCCACAUCUCAUCAGAGGCAAUUAUAUGGGUGUCUAACAAAUCAGAACACCACAGAAUUCCUGCUUUCGAAGAGGCAGGUUGGUUGCUGGGGAACAUCAACCAGACUGGCUACUUUAGAGUUAAUUAUGAUAUUAGGAAUUGGAGGCUGCUAAUUAAUCAGCUAACAAGGAACCAUGAGGUUAUUUCUGUCAGUAAUCGAGCAGGCUUGAUCGAUGAUGCAUUCAAUCUAGCCAGAGCUGGUUAUUUGCCUCAGAAUAUUCCUUUGGAGAUUAUCAGAUACCUUUCAGAGGAAAAAGAUUUUCUACCUUGGCACGCUGCCAGCCGAGCUCUUUAUCCUCUAGAUAAAUUGCUGGAUCGCACAGAAAACUACAACAUCUUCAAUGAGUAUAUUUUAAGACAAGUUGCAUCAAUGUAUCUGAAGCUUGGAUGGCCAGUGAACAAUUUAAACAAAUCACUUGUUCAAGCAUCCUACCAACAUGAAGAGUUGCGUCGAGAAGUCAUCAUGUUGGCCUGCAGCUUUGGUAACAAACACUGUCACCAGCAGGCUGCAACAUUAAUCUCGGAUUGGAUUUCUAGCAACAGGAACCGAAUCCCACUCAAUGUGAGAGACAUUGUCUACUGUACGGGAGUUUCACUGAUGGAUGAAGAUGUAUGGGAGUUCAUUUGGAUGAAAUUUCAUUCCACCACAGCAGUGUCUGAGAAGAAAAUAUUAUUAGAAGCCUUAACUUGCAGUGACGACAGAAACUUACUCAACAGACUUUUGAAUUUGUCUCUCAACUCAGAAGUUGUCCUGGAUCAGGAUGCAAUUGAUGUGAUAAUCCACGUAGCUCGAAAUCCACAUGGAAGGGAUCUUGCUUGGAAAUUUUUCAGAGAAAAAUGGAAAAUAUUGAAUGCUAGGUAUGGAGAAGCAUUAUUUAUGAAUUCAAAGCUUGUCAGUGGGGUCACAGAAUUCCUCAAUACUGAAGGAGAACUAAGAGAGCUGAAGAACUUUAUAAAGAGUUAUGAAGGGGGAGCUGCUGUCUCUUUCUCUCGCGCCGUGGAAACAGUAGAAGCCAAUGUGCGGUGGCAAAGGCUUUAUAAGGAAGAACUAUUCCACUGGCUAAGAAAAUCCUUGACACACUAAUCUGUCUUUUCAGCCGACCAUUUAACAUGACACACUGCAAGAAGAAGAGGAGACAUUUUAGAAGUGUUCAACAUGAAAAUCAGCAAGACAAGAUCAGAUUGCAGGGAUAAGGGAUUUUUUCUUUUUUCAUUGUGGUUUUUAUUUUUACACUGAACUCUUGUGAAAUUGUCAAGAAGAUUUUCAGCAGACAAGAUCAUGAAUGUUUGUGAAAUCUAGUCCUCAAUGUACAGAACCAAACAUGAUAUUAAGUGAUGCAUGUAAAUGUUGAAGAAAAACAAACAAAAAAUCCUUCAUAGACUAUUUUGUGCAUGCUUGUACUGUCUCUGCCUGUAUUUUAGCAUGCUUAUGUAAACAACCACAUUUUAUUUGUGAGUUCCAGUUACAUCAAAGUUGGGCAUUAUACAAAGCACAAAGACUCUACGACAAUCAGUAUUUCAAUGAACAAAGGGAAAGCAAGGAAAAUAAACACAGAAGGCUUCCAGCUUGGGGCAGUAUGAGAUGUAAAGUCAACUUUCCUGCUCUCUGCCAACUCAUCUACCACUCAGAUUGUCUCUUAAUGAUUACAAGGAUGCCAGCUCAUUUUUUGAGUUGCCAGUUGUACCUGCAGUUACCAUAUUCCUAUAUUUAAAUAAGCAAAAUAGUGAGAGAGAGGAGAAAGAGAAAGGGUCGAGGAGGGGCGUUAGAGAGAGAAAAUGAGGACGUCAUCCUUGCAUUAUAAUCAUGUAUAUUUGUUGACUGCUGAUCAGUGAAACAGUGUAGUUUUAGCUGUGACUGUGUGCAUUUAUUUCACAGAACUUCGCAUUUAUUUCACAGAAUCCACGAACCACCUCUUCUCAGCUAUUUUACAAGGCAGUGAUACUCACAAUGGGUCACCCAUGUUACCCAACCUGUGUAGUAGUAAGUUUUGUAGCUGAUAGUGCACAAGUAUUAUAAAUAAACAUAAGAUUCAAAAGGAAAUUAGCAAAAAAGGGAGAAUAUCUUGCAUGCAAAGACUUAAAAUUACCCAAAAGGGCUGUCUUGCAUGUGGUAGACCAGCCUCUGUAGUGAUUUAUUACAAUAGACAGGUCAGAUUCUCUAUGUGGGCAAUACUUCUGCAAAUAUGUAAUGUACCAUUUAUGCCAUCAUAGAAAAGUGAAAUAUGGAGAAAGUGAGGGGUGUGUAUGUGUGUUUAUUUGUACGAGUAAUAUUGAGAACAUGGUUUUCUUUCUUUUCCCUUAUAUUCCACAUAGACUGUUGUAGAUGGGUGACGGUUUUCUUAAUCACGUUUGUUUCUUUUUAAUCCUUAAUCUGACAGAUCAGUAAUCCAGUGGAGUUGUACAAUGACUAUCUAUGCCACUGAACCUAAACGUUGAGGAUAAAAGUGAUGGGGGCCAAAUUCUCUCUCAUGUCUACAUUGUGGAGGAAAAAACCACAAAGUUACAGAGUUUUCAGGAAGCAGAUUACAGCAGCUUCAGAGGUAGAAUGUAAAUAUGCAACAGUGUUUCUUUAUCCCAUUCCUGCCUACACCAACCGUCUGAGCACAUCCUGGCCCUGUACAUUGGGAACAUGUGGCCAACCAAAGUAGAGAGCAGCCAUUUUAUCUGGUUGUUUCCUUCACAAAGCAAGGAAGUUAGCAACACGCUUUACAGUUGCAGUUGCUUAUCCCCAGAAAGUUGUUAUUUGAAACAUUACUGCCAAAAGAACUAAACUCAAGCAUCUUCAGAUAUUUUCAGAAUUGUGUGGAGACAGUAUUGUUUUCUGGGCUCUCAUUCCCGUUGUAGUCUGCUGCUCAAGAACUAGUAGACCCAUUCCAUAACUAAGCUUUCAUACCCAUCUUGCGGCUGUCAUUGUGUAUCUUUUACUGUGCAGAGGGUGUUGUUUGUGGAUUGGGUGGUGUAUGAAAUCUUUACAUGGGCUUUUUUUCAGCUGUUCAGUCCCGUGUAGCUCGUUAGCUUGACUCACAUAACCAAAAGAAGAGGGAAUCCUGUGCUCUUGUACUGGUAACUCUUUGCCUUAUAGUAAGCCCUAAACCUCUGUGCUAUGCUCCAGUGCUAGUGAACCUAAUACCCAGAGACAUUGUGUCAAAACUGAGUGAAAUCCUCCUCCUAUGUAUUUUACCUACCUCACAGGGCUGUUGUGAGGCUUGACUAAUGUUAGCAAAGCACUUGAAUAUCCUCUGAUAAAAGGCAUUUAAAAGUGCAAAGUAUUAUUUUAUAUGGUUGACCAAACUCAACCUCAAUGCCAGUAUGUAGCAUCACAUUUUUAAUUUCUACUAAGACAAAUCACAUGCAGAUUUUUUUGUAAUAAAAAAGCAAGCCAAAUACUAUUUAAUAUAACCUCUACCCUAUAAUGAAGGCCAAAAUGAUGAUAUCCAAAGAAUAUUCAGAAAACCAAGACCUCAAACAUGAAUGGCUUUGAGGAUUUCAGUGAACAGAAGUGUGAAAUGGUUUGUCCCUUUACAAUUUUAUUCCAUAUUGUCUUUGAUGACUUUUCUUUUGCAGAACCACAGAUUAAACCACAUAUCUUCAGGAUGUGCAUAAAAGUUUCUGAUCUUUCCACUGAUAAAGGACAGGCUAACAAUAUAUUCCAAAGUCAAAAUACACCGCCUGUGUAUUUUACACAGUGUACAGAAAUUUCCACUCUUGAUCAUUUGAAUUGAAGUUCUUGCACACUUAGCUGGUGUUGGACAUACAUUAAUGUUUUAGUGGCCUUGAGCAACUGGUCUGCCACAGAUAACAAGCCCUAAAUGAGUAUAUUGUAUGUACCUAUUCAUGUGUUGCUUAUAAUUGUUGUAUUCUAGUAAUGUUGGUAUUUCUCUAACUAAGGUUCAGCUGACUUUUUCAUUAUAAUUCUCUAUUAUUUUAUUUUUUAUAUUUUGUAUUUUGCUGUUUCACACUGAAUCAGGAUUAAAUUUAAAUGGAUUAAAUCCAGCAAAAUUAAAACUGUUUUCUACGAUAUUCAAACACCCUGCAUUUGUUUAUAUGCCUUUAGAGACUUUUCUUUUAAUAACAAGUACCACACAGCUGUGUGUUAAAGAACAGUUGAUUCCUCAUGGAAAACUCUAAUACAGUCUGCUUAGAAAAAUCUAUUUAUUUUAUUGAUUUUCUUUCUCCUUUACCAGUCCUUUUCUUCCUUUGUCCUUAUCUAAAGAUGGUCCUAAUUUUUAUGAUUUGGAUUGUGAUUAGGAAGCCAAAUAUUCCAAACAUUUCAGCAUUUUCUAAUCCAGGAUUUUAUGUUAUCCUUUCCAAUGAGAAGAGAUCUUGCAAAAUGUGAAUGCAGUGUGGACAUGACCUCACCUAGGCCCUAAGUUUAUUUUAUAGAGAUUUGAUGAGGCUUGAAUCUAUAAUCAGCCUUCGUAUGACUCAGGAUCCUUUGCAGUUAUUAAUUGAUAUGUCAUCCUAAAUCAUAUAGGAAGACAUAUGAAUAGACAUGAUUCUAUGCCAGCAUAACAAAAUGUCUAUUGUAUUUUUAUAGAAUUGUCAACUACAAAUAUCUCAGCCUAUUAUUUUGUAGCUGGUAGAAUAAUUCAUGUAUCUAUUGCUAAUAACUGUUAAAAUGAUAGUAGCUACUAAUUGUGACUAGGGCAGAACAAUGUGAAAACAUUGUUCUGAAAUGAAAUGUCACUUCUGCUAUUACUGGGAGUACUUGGACAUUUAUUAUGAUAAAAAAACUUUGUGUCUUCUCCAGUACAUCCAAAUCUGUGACCUUUGAUGAUCUUUUCAGUGAAUAUAGCAAGAAUUCCAGUACUAUGUUAGAAACUGAAGAUGAAUUUCGUGUAGCUUUUGGUCUGUUGUGGAUAUUUCACUGAGAUUUAGAGUGCCAAAGGAAACAUAUCUAAUGAUGCAGAAGGUUACUUGCACAGCAAAGAUCCUGAACCAUACAAUUAAAUCCUUAGUAGUAAAGAAUAAAAAAAUGAAAAUUAUAUAUAUUAUGUGUGUGUGUUAGUGUGUGAAUGUGAAAAAUCCUCCAUAGAGAUAUUUUUCCCAUAAAAAUUUAAUUAUUUGGACAGAAUUAAGUGAAGCCAGUAAUUGCAAGUGAGGGUGCCUUUGUUUAGAAACCUGCAUCAUAAGGUUUUGGUUUUCCACAUGAUCAUAGCUGAUACUGAAAAUAGACUUUGAGUCAAAUGUGCAACUUUUCCUUUGAGGAAAAUGGCUGUGGCUUUGAAAAUGGUUUAUGUAUAUAAUCCACUUAACACCACUCCUGUUACAAAAACUCACCAUAUCAGGCUGCCUGCCUUAAUCAGGGUAUGUAGGCACAGUGUCAGUAUGAGCAUGAAAGAGUAAAAGGACCAUCCAGCUGUGGAGCAGCCUGAAGAGAGUCUGUUUGCCCAGCUGUGGAUGGAGCAGUCAGAAAAGUGCUGGAUGUAUUACCUGCCACUGCCACGAGACCACCUGGGUUAGGAAACCAGCUGGGAACCACUGAAAUGCAGAGAGGUUCCAUCAAGCUCUCUUUCAGCUGUUUGGGAGGGACAGAAGGUCCCUUUGCGGGGUACAGGUUGUGGGUGAUCUUCAGAGAUGAAUAUGACUGCCCUGUGCUAGCAGGAAGCAAAGGUCCAGCUAGUGAACCUGCAUUGCCCAGAAAAAACAGAAGGCCUGAGCUCUGGAUACCCCAUCUGAAAAGAGUUGACCAAAAUAUAUGUAAAGGUCUAGAAUAUUUUAGUGUCCGUUCUUCAGAAGUAAUUUCAAACAGUCAAAAAUUAAUUUUCAGGUAUAAAUAGGAACGUAGACACUCUUUUCCUUUCCAUGCUGAUAUGAGUAAUUUUGUUUUCAGUGGGAAGGAAGGGGAAGAAGGAUUUUUCACCAAAGGCCACAUGCCCUAAUUGGAGCAGAAUUUUAAAAUCAAGUAUAUUUCGGAGAAUCUGGUUCCACUUAGUUCUAUCUUGUGCCUAUGCUGACAGUGAGGAUUCUGAACUUGACCUCAGAAUAUAGUAAUACAGCUGAGGUUGGAAUUUAUAAAAGACAUAUGGAACUAUUGAGAUGUGUUUAAGGAGAAUCACCCACAUGAGCAAGUACUGUGGAUCAGACCAAAUGUGCUUUCUCAGAAGAAAAGGCUUACAUUUGACUGAUUUGUAACUAGCAAAGUAAGUCUGACCUUGCCAAAUAGUAUUUCAGAAUGCUUUGCUUAUUUUGUGUGCGCCAUUUCCUAAGAAUAUCGGUGUUGUCGGUAAAGAACACGGAGGUGAGCAGCUUUGUGAGAGCAGAGGGGCUGUACUGCAGCAGAUAGGAGACUUUUGCUAGAGUGCCCCAACAUUUUCUGGGUAGCAUCACUGGUAGGAU